ACUGACACAGAAUCCCACAUGAAGCGGACAAUGUAAGUGAGGUCAAUUCAUACUUACAGCGUGUCGCCAUUUGUGUUGGAACCAAUGCACAACCGGCAUCAAGCAUUGGGAAAAUGGCCACCGCACUUGAAAGUUACACAGGACACACUGUCGCUGUUAUCACGCAAGAUGGCCGUAUGAUUGUUGGGAUAUUGAAAGGUUUUGAUCAGGCAGUGAAUCUAAUUCUUGACGAAAGUCACGAAAGAGUGUUUUCAACAGAAGCAGGUGUGCAGCAGGUUGUGUUAGGAUUGUACAUUAUUCGAGGUGACAAUAUCGCGGUUGUUGGUGAAAUUGACGAUGAAAUUGAUUCAGGACUUGAAAUGAAAGAUAUUAAAGCUCAACCGUUUAAUCCUGUCAUAUAUUAAUAUAUUGCUUGAUAGGAUAUCCAUGCAUUGCGAAAUGCAUGAUGAUACUAUACUUUCUACUAUAAAGACGUGACACGAUUGAUUGAAGGAAACCGAUCCAGAAUAGAAUUUUACCAUGUGCAGAAGUAAACUGUUGUAUGUAAUCCAGUUUGGUGCUGAUACGAUCUAUCAGAGUUUUUAUUAUUCACUUCUUUUUUUAUUCUGUUUUACGUUACAAUUUUUUUCUGCAGCGUUAAAUUUAUCCACUAAUUAUCAUUCGAACAAGACUAAAAAGUGUUUUAAAA